UGCGAGAGCACGAAGCGCGGACAGCCUCUGGAGGUGGAAGCGGAACGGCCCGUAUCCUACGUUGCGAGCUAUGUGUCGGCCGACUCUCCCAGCGACCAGAUUUCUAAACCGGGCCUCCCGGCCACUGACUCCAAAGCCUCCUUCGAGGCACAUGUCAGAGAAAAGUUUAACAGGAUGGUAGAGGCCGUGGACAAAACAAUUGAGAAGCGAAUCGACAAGCUUACCAAAGAGCUGGCCCAGAAGACGGCGGAGCUGCUGGAGGUGCGGGCAGCUUUUGUGCAGCUGUCCCAGAAGAAGCAGGAGGUGCAGCGACGGGAGCGGGCCCUGAGCAGGCAGGUGGACGUGGCAGUGGAGAUGAUCGCAGCCUUGAAGCAGCGCCUCACUGAGUCCGAGGAGGAGCUUCACCGGAAAGAGGAAGAAGUUGUUACUUUCAACCACUUCCUGGAAGAAGCAGCAGAAAAAGAAGUGCGGGGAAAGGCCAGGCUCCAGCAUUUCAUCGAGAAUCUGUUGCAGCGUGUGGAUCUGGCAGAAAGGCAGCUAGAAUAUUACCAAAAUCAGCAGAUGGUGUGCAACCACACCGAUGUCAGCGAGCACGUGCUUACAGACAUUUCAUUAAAUAAGAAACCCAGAUGCCUGAGCCGAGGAAGUCAACACGCUUCAUAUAACAUCCCUGACGCAAAGCCUCAUUCCUUUCAAAAAGGAAGAAUCUUGUUGAAAAAGACAAAAGAUGAAAAAACCAGCUUGCAGCCAGUGAAGUGCUUCUAUGAACCUAUUGAAUGCUCAAGAGAAAUAUGGAGAGCACAAAAGAAAGGUGAACCAGUCUGCUCUGCCAGGAAAGUGAGCACAAAAUCGAAGAUGGGUAAAAAGGCCAAACCGCUAUAG